CGAAGAGAAGUCAUCUUUCUUCCCAAUUCAACAAAAGAAUCAAUUGAGAUCUGAUUGAUAUACCUCCGCCUUGCGGAAAGGUAAGAACAAUCCUGCCGCUUUAUGUUCCUCGAUCUCGGUUUCUGCGCCCAUCUCGUUCGUUCGCAGACAUCGAGAUCUCUGGCCUCGUUUCUUUUCUCCCGCGGGUCGCAACGGGAUCUUCUUUUCAGGAGACCUCCGCCUCCAUAUUUAUGAUCGACUUCCGGAAAGAUGUGUUUAGCGUCGAUGUUUUCAACUCCUCUUUCGCUUGCUACGGGCAUGGACAGCGGCAACACGAUGCGUCGUUGCAUGCUCUCAGACAGCAUUUACAACUUUUAGUGUACUUCACUACUUUUUCACGUUCAAGCGCUGAUUGCCCAUCCCGGGACUCAUUCGUUAAUUCGUGAUUGAACCGACCAAUAAAAUCAAAUCACGAGCCAGUCCGACGUGUUGGCUUGUGUCAUUCAACCAAUGUUUUUCCAAUUUUGGUCGUCCAACGAAAAUCACACACAUUCAUCGGCGCGACAUUUUCCGCACGCUUUCUUCGCGUUUUGACUUCAACAAAUAAUAACAGCAAUAAUUUUUGAAGUGUUUCGCGUGGUGGACUGUUUGUUUCGUACGAGAAAGAGUGCCAUGUACAAAUCGUACUUGCACUCGUACCAGGAACUGUYGCAGGUUCUUUUUCGGUGUUUGAUGUCCCCUCAAUGCUAUUCUACGUCGUACAGUAAAACAAAGAUUACCGACACCGACAAAACUCAUCGACCCUUGCAAACAUCUUCGCUUACCCUCACUUCGCAUUUCUCACAUCGUUCCAUUCUAUGCAACUUGGCCGAUGCAUUGCUUUCGACGUCGACAUUUUGCAGUGAAGAUAGAUACCAGUUGCUGACUMGAGGAUGUUGCCUCCGUCUCUCAGCAACAAGCUUCCUUCCAACGGUGGUCCCAUCAACAAUGAGAUACAAGAGGGAUCGGUGGGGUCUAAUGAUGGACCUGUAGAUGGAUCGUCUACAGGAGGCACCGCUCCCGGAACCUCCGGAAUGGCUGUGACAAAUUCUACAAGCAUUAAUGCRAACGCUGGUGGAGACGGUGAUGUGGUCAUGUCGGAUGCCCAAAGUUCGAAACCCAUUGGUGCCACCAGCAACGGCAGUGACUCGAACGGGGCCAAGAAGGAACAGCCGGAAAAACCACCGCAAACUCAGGAUGAUCCAUCGGCUGACUCACAGAUGAAGGAUGUUACCAAGGAAAUGGCGGUAGAUCCUCCCGUGAUCAAGACUAUUGUGAAUGCAGCGAAGCAAGAAAAUGGAAAUGCUGGAUAUCCCCCCGCCGCUGGCGCUGGUUUUACGAUGCCGCUUUCUGCAUUGCCUUCGGAUGCUAGCAAGGAAGCACAAUCGGCGACAAACCCAGCAGCUGCCAUGGACAGCCUUCGGGCGGAGUCGAAGGACGCCAAAGUCCCCCCACCUCUUGCUGCGGUCACCGCUAUCGAAGAGAAAAAACCGUCACCCGUUUUGGCUCAACAACUUCAACCUCCCACACCCGCUUAUGCAAGCGCUGCCGCUCAGUUCCUCGGUGUGAGCUCGGCAGCAUCUCUCACCGCAGGUGCCUCUAUUCCAACGAUGGUCGAGCCMGAUGGAACCGAGAAAAAGAAAGCAACGCCCGUUACGACAGCUCCGCCUUUACAAGGGCCGGUUUUGCAACUGGGUGCAAGGCCAGGAGCUAUUCAACCAUUAUCGGGUGCGGUUAAGGAAAAUCCUUCUACUGAUGCGUCUGAUCUGGCAAGACGCGAUCGGGAGGCCGCUGCAAGAUUUGGCUAUACUUCCAUGAGAGCCGCCGCCCAGGCUCAAGGAUAUAAAGUGCUCCCACUCCCGGACCCGAAUAGCAAGAGCGCCGAAACGAACGCAGCUGAAAAGCCUUCGACUGAUCCGUCUGAUGUGGCAAGACGCGAUCGGGAGGCUGCUGCAAGAUUUGGCUAUACUUCCAUGAGAGCCGCCGCCCAGGCGCAAGGAUAUAAAGUGCUCCCACUCCCGGAACCGAAUAGCAAGAGCGCCGAAACGAACGCAGCUGGGUUGCCCACAACGGAGGGUCUUGUAUCCACGCAGCAGAGUGCCAAGCUCGUCCAAGCCACUCAACAGCAGCCACGACUUUCAACAAUUAUCGCCAACAAAUUCAAACAGAUGGGCAAGUCGCCUCCUUCGAAUAUGACGGGCGAAGCUGCCGGCGGUUGGUCAAUGCCUGGUGGUAGGGUCUACAAGCAUGGAAUAGGAAUGGCGACAGUCAGCCACGCUCCGCCACCGCGACCGCCACCUGCGCCUGGUAUGAGAGAACUUCGUGUUGAAGACGCCUUGCUUUAUCUCGAUGAUGUGAAACGGGAAUUUGGUGGUCGUCCUCGUGUUUACAAUGAAUUCCUUGCCAUCAUGAAAAAUUUCAAGAGCCAAGAGGUUGAUACCCCUGGUGUGAUCGACCGAGUUUCGAAACUCUUCCGCGGAAACAAUCAUUUGAUUUUGGGAUUCAAUAAAUUUUUGCCGGACGGCUACAAAAUCAGCAUGGAAGAUUUGCAACAGAUGGAUGCCGCUUAUGAACGAGAGCAAGAGAUGAUACGACAGCAAGAUGCUUCCACAACCGAAAAGAAACAGCAGCAGGUAGCGCACUUAGGAAAGGUUCAGAUGCCUAUUCAACAACAGAAAAYAGCAAUUGAACAACAGCGUCAAAUGCAACAGAAAAAACCAAUGCCAGCGACCCAUGUUGCUGUGCGCCCUCCACCUCCACAAAUGUCAAUGCAGCAAAAACAGAAGCAGCAAACAAAGGUUCAAGAUGCACUGCAUGCAGAACAGGCAGCACGGCAACGAAUGAAAAUUGCGUCAGAUCUGAAAGAAAAACAACGUCAGCAACAAUCUGUCCCCAAACAACCCAAAGGCAAAACUGGAAAGCUUUCCAAAAAGCAGCAGCAGCAGCAACAGGCUAUUGCACAGCAGCAGCCGCCACCACAACAGCCGCAACAAAUGCAACAUCAAGCCGUGGAAUUUGAUCACGCAAUUUCAUACGUGACAACCAUUAAGCGCCGCUUUGCAAACGACGAAAAUACUUACCGUCAAUUUCUGGAAAUUCUUCACACGUACCAAAAGGAACAACGUGGAAUCAAGGAAGUCUUGGAACAAGUUGCACAUCUGUUUCAGGAUCAUCCAGAUCUUCUGAAAGAAUUUACAUUCUUCCUCCCCGAUGCUGUCCAGGAGCAAGCGAAAGAACGACUGCAUCGUGCCGCGGCCGAAUCGGAGAGCCGUCUUUCUGCACAAAACAAUAUCAAGUCUGCAGAAACAGGUUCUUCGAAGGAAGUAGUCGAUAUGACAAAUCACAACAGGGCUAUGAUAGGUGAUCAGAGCAAAGUGACCGGGCAGAAGAGGUACAAGGAGACGCAGCAAACCCCAAUGUUGGUCACAUACCCUCAGUCACCGGAGACUUUUGUGUAUAACUCGGCAGUAGAACGUCAAUUCUUCGACGGAGUAAAAGAUAGCCUCACUGCGUCCACUCGUGAUGGUGGACAGGCAUGGGCAGAAUUCAUGAAAUGUCUGGACAUGUACGCACAAGAAAUUCUUUCGCAGAGUGAAAUGCUCAAUUUUGUUGAGCCACUCCUUGGUAAGGCAAACAAGUAUCGCUUCAAAGAAUUUAAACGAAUUUUGGCUGCAGCUGGGGGACAAGGAGGUAGUACAGUUUCUUCGAUGGAAGACUCUUGGUACUCGGUCCCUCUAUCAGAGAUUGAUUUCAGUCGAUGUCGUAAAUGCUCUCCUUCGUAUCGUGCAUUACCGAGGGAUUAUCCUGCACCUCCAUGUAGCCAACGGAGUGACGAAGAGGCUAAGGUGUUGAACAAUAUCUGGGUAUCUCUUCCCGUUGGAAACGAAGAGACCUUUCGUCACAUGAGAAGGAAUACUCACGAAGAAGCUCUAUUUCGUAUCGAAGACGAACGGUUCGAGAUUGAUAUGACAAUCGAUAGCAAUCUUUGCACUCUCGCUCUUCUAGAGCCGUUCGCACAGGAAAUGGCACAACUAUCUGCAGAAGACUCGAAGAUGCAACCCGGUAAGGAAAGUGACUCCAGGAGAAGCACUGAACGAAAGGGACUCGGUGGUAAGCGCUUUCGAUACACCUUUGACCCAAACAUUCUUGGUGUCAUUCACCGAAACUCAAUCACUCGUAUCUAUGGUGACAAUGGUCAAGAAAUGAUUGAGUUGCUAAAAACGAACCCUUCAGUUGCUAUUCCUAUUGUAGUAAGUCGUUUGAGACAAAAGGACGCUGAAUGGAAAGCCGUCAGAGAUCGUCUCAAUCGUCACUGGAGAGACUUGGCACAAGCCAGCUAUUACAAGAGUCUUGAUCAUCGUGGUCUUACGUGGAGAACGACAGAUAAGAAAGCAAUUAGUAAUCGAACGCUUCUAGCCGAUAUUAAAGACAGAGCAGCUAACAAUGGGAAUGAAAGUGAAUCAGCGUACGAAGCUCGCCUCCAGAAGGCAAAGGAGGAACACGGGUCAUUCUUCUUGACAACAAUGGGUAAUGAUUUCAAGAGAAUUGUGGAUCUUUCGAAGCUUCCAAAGCCAGAUCGAAAACUCUUUACACCAGAUAUGAGUUUGAUGUACGAGAAUAGCAGUUGCAUCCAGAAAGAUGUUUACCGAAUAUUGUCUUUUGCAUUGGAGAGGGGAUCGAUCUCCCCUACUGACAAAGAAAGGUGUCACCGCCUUUGGACUGAAUUUCUCGGCCCAUGGUUCAACUUGAAACUAAAUUGGAUGUUGGAACCAGCAGUUUCUUUUCAAGAAACAUCGUCGUCGACCACGAGGCUUCCUCGUGUUGUGAGCAAAGACGACAAUAGUCAUGAUGACGAAAGCGCUGAAGAGGACGGUGAAAUCGACUCUAGAAUUGUGACUGAAGAGCUCCGAGAUGACGGAAGCAACGAUAAGGACGAUACCCCUUUGACCGUGGACCAUCAUCCUCUUCCUGCUGGCACAACCGUUUCCACAAUUUACGGGGAUGGACGCAUAAUUUCUUGCCGCAAGCAGGACAGCAUGUACAUCGUAAAACUGGCUUUUGGCACUGCCUUUGUGCGACCAAGUGCUGUUCUUGUCUCUGUUCUCGAAGCCGAGAAGUCCGCAUACACAACGCAUCGGAUGGUUGAUGACCACACAAWAUUGGAUCGGUCAGAUGACAAGCUCGUCAUUGGAACGCAGAGUUUGUAUUUGUUCUUCCGCUUGCAUCAACUUCUUUGCCGUCGUAUUGGCAUUGCCAGGAGACUUGCUUACGWAGUAAAGGACGACCCUUCAUUGCAAACCUUGGUGGAACAAAUGCCCGAUCAUCACGGUGCAUCUGCGGGAAAAAGACGUUACGAUGCAUUUUUGUCGUUGGUGUAUGCAUUGCUGGAUKGUGGGACCGGGAGUUCGGAAGGGGCUAAAUUUGAAGAUCGUGUGCGAACAUUGCUGGGACACUGGGGGUACGAACUUGCCACUCUAGACAAGUUGAUUUCUCACAUUCUAAAGAAUAUCCAGAACAUGGCAAACGACGAUACCAUGUGGAGCCUGGUGCAGCUCUUCCGUCGUCACAUUGAUGCAGGAGGAUUCAAACCCGAAGCCCUCCGACAAGAAGCAGCAUACCUAUCAGAUGGGGAACCCAUGUAUGCAUUUCAAUACUGCCCGAUCCAAAAAGACAGAGGGGAAAAAGCUGUCUUGUAUGUGGAGAGUUUGGGCGUAAUUGUUGGUUCCGAAGAAGAGGAUUCACUAUCGGAUCGGGCUCUUGAACCUAGUUCCAAGAGACAGAGGCGAUAGAAUCGAGAAUGUACGUGUAAAAAUAACAAUAGGAAUAAUUGAAUGUUUUAGCAGAGGAAAAUAAAUGCAUCGUGACUGUAGUCAUAGUGGAUGUCCAUGGAAUGAAUAGAGUAUUUCAUAACUU